AUGUCACUAUUUGAACAUUGUAUUUUAUCACCUUUCGGAAUUCAUUGCGAGUUUUGCGAUUGGAGCUAUCCAAGUAUUCUUAAUGGGAAGGAACAUUUUAAUCAACAUCUUUGUCGAGAUCACAAAGAAAUAUUUGCGGAUCUUCUCAAGAAACAUUUUCUCCUUGAUUAUAAUCAAAUCUGUAGUAAUUGGAUUUCUGGGGAAUAUGAUUACGAGAUGGCCACCUUUUACUUUUUAAA